AUGCCUUUCAGUAUGUCUUUUGCCAAACCCAUGGUCAUGUUGCCGACAGCGCGCUUGCUUGCUGCCGUUGCCAUACUGCCACUCCUAUCAGCUUUACGCCACGAAGUUGAACACGGAACUGCAGAGUUGCAGGCAUCCGGUCACGAGUCGAAGUGGACACAGUGCUGCGUGGUAGAUGGCACGGAAAAAGUGUCUUUGACGAGCUCCUCUUUCCGCCGAGAGGCAAAGAGCAUCCUCCAAGACAUUACCUACAGCGGUGCCUACGGCACGAAGGAUGCCUUCUACACGGGCCGCUACGUGAAGCAUUGCAAGCUCGCCUUGCAGUUCGAUACAUGUCCGAGCGUUCACCCCACCCUCUUCAACAUCUACGAGUAUGAGGAUGCCUCUAAGCUGGUUGGAAGAAUUGACAGCUUCUUGGCCAAGUACUACGUCCUUAGCCAGACAUACCUCUUUGCUGCGCCAGAGUGUCCCGGAUCACUGCAAGCCGCCAAAGACACCAACCGGUGCACCAGCGACUUCCAGCACUUUAUGAAGCUCCUGUCUCUGUGGAAGGAUGGGAUGUCUCUGGUGGAACAAGUGAACAAGCUCAAAGGUUUUCGUGGCUACUUCGUAAACAAGGAACACAAGAGAACUCUGGACAGGAAGCUCGAGAACGUCAUGUCCCAGCUGGAGGCCUUGUGGUAG